GUCGAAUUCAACUAUAUUUAUAGAUCUGUGUCUUGAUUUGAGGAAAUCAACUAACAUUCCGAACACGAAAGAAAAUCCAUACAAUUAAUACUUGAGUCAUGCCUCCUAAAAAAGGUACCGUAACUAAGCCGUCUACUGUAGAGGCCACUGGCAAAUCCCGUCGCAGAUCUCACCGCAUUAGCCUCAGUAGUAAGAAGAGUGCAUACUUUGAGGACAAUGACAACUCAGAUGAAGAGCUACCGCCUCGUAAGACUGCGAAAACUACGGCUAAGGGGAAACCUUCUCGACGGAUAAAAGCUCAAGUAAAAGAAUCGGAUGACGAAUUGCAGUAUGAAGAUGCCAAAGAUAUAUCUGAGGAUGAUGGCCGGGAUGCCGCGUUUGCUGAGGACAACUCUGAAAGUGAAGGAGAACGGCCCGUGGCACAGAAGCGAGGUCGUGGAAGGCCUCCAAAAACCCAGACCAAGACCACACAGAAGUCUAAUAAAAAGACCCAAGAUCUAGAAAGGACAAAGAUCACGCCAAAGGCUCGGGGCAAGUCUAAGAGAGAAAAGGAGGCCGACUCCGAAGAGCCGAUAGUCGAUGAAGAUAGCGACGAUGAUGAUGACGAUGAUGACGACGAAAACCGUAUUACCUUCAUUCCAGCAAUCCAGUUAAGAGAUACUGAUGGCGUCGAAUAUGAGGAUACCCGACUCCAUAAAAACACUUUCUUGUUUCUGGAAGAUCUCAAGGCCAACAACAAACGGAGUUGGCUUAAAUCACACGAUAAGGAAUAUAGAAGGUCACUCAAAGAUUGGGAAUCAUUCGUGGAGACUCUUACAGAGAAAAUCAUCGAGGCAGACGAGACUAUUCCGUGGUUGCCGGUGAAAGACGUCAUCUUUCGGAUAUACCGAGACGUCCGAUUCAGUAAAGAUCAAACUCCGUAUAAGCCUCACUUCUCUGCAGGGUGGUCACGGACUGGCCGAAAAGGCCCAUACGCUUGCUAUUACGUUCACGUCGAACCCGGUCGGUGUCUAGUAGGUGGAGGCGUAUGGCAUCCAGAGGCCGACGCGUUAGCCCGGUUGCGCGCGAGCGUCGACGAGCGCCCCCAUCGUAUAAGUCGAGUCCUGACGAAUCCUACGUUUCGGAAGACAUUUCUACCCGAGGCAAAGUCUGGCAGCGAAAAGUCUGUGAUAGCGGCGUUCGCGGCGAAGAACCAGGCAAACGCGCUCAAGACGAAACCCAAGGGCUUCCACCCGGAUCAUAAGUAUAUAGAGCUUCUCAAGCUACGAAACUACACUAUCAGCACGCAGAUCAACGACUCGGACCUUCUCGCCGACGACGCGCAGGAUAAAGUUAUGAGUGUCAUUUCCGCUAUGGUCGAAUUUGUCACGUUUCUCAAUAGCGUCGUUAGGCCGGACCCUAACGCCGAGAGCGAUUCCGAUGAGGCUGAUGGCGGGACGGAAGAGCAGGAAGGCGAAGAAGAUGAAGAUGACGAGGAAUAGUUCGUAACUUGCUUCGGAUCUGGUGAUCCCUAUCCUGGGUGUAGGUGGUAAUGUGUAAGGUGUUGAUAAUAUUUGUCUUGUGUUUUUUCGCGCCUUACGUCGUAUAUUCUUUACCGUACCUGCGUGUCGGAAUUACCAUCGGCUCGAUCGAGAGUAGAUAUUGUACCUAUGUCAUGUAGCCGAAAGAUACUGUAGGUUCCCGUCGCAUUUCGGGUGCCAGUAAGAUAGAUCUACUUAAGAUAACGAGUUACCCGUACAAACGUACAAACUGCUGGGUUAGAUAGAGUCACUUGGUCGGGUAGUUGCAGCCUCCUAAGCGUAUAAGAGUCCACUUACCCUUCAGUUUAUAUGUAUCCAUGGUACAGCUAGCCCUUACCCUGUACGCAAAGCAUCCCGAGACUUCGGAUUUCAAACAGCAGGUGCCUGCUUCGAAAUACAAUCCAUUUAGUCCGCAUUUUAUCCUAGAAACAACAAGCACGUGAAUC